CAAGUGUCACUGCUCUUCUCUGCAAGACUGAUACAUCUACUAACACUGAGAAAGAGAGACACAUAUACAGCAGAACCACUCAAAUUAAAGGAACCUAUCCCUGGCUGACUUGGACUGGAGACAUGACCAAAGAGACUGAGACUCUGGGACUGGUCCUUCAGAACGAGAACUUCAAUUAUAACCGUUACACUAACUACAUCAUGGACUCCUGGUCCUACCUGGAGAAUCCCGUCCCCGACUUGAACAGGUCCAAACCCAGACUCGCCCCAGGAGAAGACCUGGCAGCCAUCACCAUGCUUUAUGAACAGUGCAAGAACCAGAAAGAACAGAAGUGCACCCGUGUCAGCAACGUUUGCAAACCAACAGACAGGUGUUUUCCCGCCUCCCCCUUUGAGCAAGUUUCCUUGGAGACGCCCGCUAUCAUGAAGAUGUUUUCAGAGAGCAUUCCCUCCAGCCAUUCCCAGGAGGUUGUGGGAUCUUCCAUUUGCACCCCGGCCAAGCAAAACACCCCCAUACCCAUCUCUGUCCCAGGCCCAGCUGACACCUAUGCCACCCUAACCACCACCAACGUCAUGGUGGAGAACUACGACAAGCAGGACCUCAGCAACAUCUUCGACACACUGCUGCAGAAGUGGCCAGGAGAGUCAGGGACUUUCGCUGAUCCAACCACUGAGCCUCCUCCCUACGACCCCUUCCCCGAGGACCAGUCCAGUCCCGUCUACUCAGGCUCCUACACCAGCUCCCCACCAGAGAGAUACAGCAGUGAUUUCCAGUUUACCCUGGGAGCCCCUCCAGCCUCCCUGUUCAAGUCCACAGAGCUGCCCAUGGUCUACCUAAACAAGGGACAGUUCUACCCAAUCACUCUCCAGGGAACAGACAGCACCGCUGGCCUGACUGCCAGCAAAGUAAAGACGGUGGUGAUGGCUGUGUUCGAGAAUGACAAGAGCCCAGAAAUGCAACUUCGCUGCUGGAAUCACUGGCAUGGUCGCCAGCCCACCGUCAAGCAAAGAGUCAUUGACAUCGCGGACUACAAAGAAGUGUUCAGUGGAAUUAGCAACAUAGAGGAGGUGGCUUUCAACGCCCUCUCUUUUGUAUGGAACCCCAGUGAAGAAGCCAAGGUCUACAUCGGCAUCAACUCCCUGAGCACAGACUUCUCUUCCCAGAAGGGAGUGAAGGGUCUGCCACUAAACCUACAGAUCGACACUUAUGACUUCAGCACAGGAACCAACCACCUCAUACACAGAGCUGCUUGCCAGGUCAAGAUUUUCUGUGAUAAGGGUGCAGAGAGGAAGAUGCGAGAUGAAGAGAAGAAGAGAACCAAGAGGAGGGGCAAGAACGAUGCCAACGCCAGCAAAUCUGUAGUGACCAGCUCAAUGGGCAGUGAUUGCACCUUUUUCAAGACCCUGGAUGAUCACGUCACCCAGCCUGUUCUGUUCAUCCCAGAGACGCACCUCUCCAGCCUGCAGCGUAGCAGCCUGGCCACUCCUCUAACAACUCUGGACGAUGUUGAAAGGAGUUCUCUGAAGAGGUUGUACCCAGAGAGAGGAGACCAGAGCAGCCCUCCACCCAGCAAGCAGGCCCGGAGGGAAGACCCACAGAGAGUUCUGCUCUACGUGAGGACAGAGAGUGAAGAGGUGUUUGAUGCUCUCAUGCUCAGCACGCCAACGAUGACAGGCCUGCGAGAAGCUAUUUCGGAAAAGUACGGUAUGCAAAAGGACACCAUUGGGAAAAUCUACAAGAAAUGCAAACGAGGGAUUUUCAUCAACAUGGACGACAACAUCAUUGAACACUACAGUAACCAGUCGGCCUUCCUCAUUGAGAUAUCAGAAGUCACCACCGGACAGUUCCAGGUCACUCUCACCGAGCUAUGAGGAUGAGCAUCCAGUCACCCGCCUGCUGCACUGCAGGAUUUACCAGACCACCACUGCCACUUUCAGACAACACUUAUAGCACUGUCCAAUCAGAGACGCUGUUGGCCACAUGGUCUGGGCCACCAAAACCAAUAAGCUGACUGCAUCAAACUCAGAGUUCUGAUAUUUCCAAUUACAGUUGGCUGUAAUUGCCUUUGUAAAUAUCACUCAUUCUAACAUGUAUGAUUUUUUUUUAUUAUUAUUAUUAUUUGACUUAAAUAUUUUAACAAGAGCAGUUAUGAUGGAUGUGCUGUAAAUAGUAAAUGUAAAUAGAAUUAAUUUGACAAUGUUUUAUGAAUUAGCCAUGAGCAUAUUACAACCCAUUUACCACAACUUGCUACAUAUUUCAAUUUUUGAGGAGGUCUGUACGUGUUUUGUGUACGUUGUACUUUUCAGCAUUUUCAGAGGAGGUCAUUCUUGCUGCUUUCAACAUACUCAUCAUUUCUUCAAGACAACAAGAGCCAAUGGCACAUUUUCUUACGCAUGCAUCGCCGCCAACCUCUUUUUGGUGCCAUUGUAUUCUGCCUGCGAUUAAUAUUUGUUGGUGUAUGAUACUGCCAAAAGCAUGAUCCCGUAGCUUCCUGUUAGUUUCACAACAAAAAUAGCCCAGCAGUGGGUUGCAUUCACAACACGAAGUCACACAUUUCCCUUCUCAACACCAUAUGGAGUUAGUAUUGGCCAUCAUUUAGCCCAACACAUUUCCUUACUGUAUGCUGUAACCACAGAAUUUCCCCACUGUGUUUGAACCACAGUCAGUUCAAACCACAAACCCUGAGGCUUUUCAGCGGAGUUUCAUUUUUGUGUGUGUGUGAGAGUAUUGGUUUGUAUGUGUGCGAGUGUGAAAAGUUGUUGGAUUUUUUUUUUUUCCCUUAUAGCUACCUUAUUGCAUCAUUUCAAAGCAAACAUGUAUCCCUGUAUUAUUUCACUAUUAUACCAUGGCAAUUCUGGUUGUAUUACUCAUCUUGCCUUUUUAUAUCAAAAUAAAAAUG